UUCCGUUCUUUGGCUCUUGGAGUCUGGACAACAUUUCUCGGUAAAAGAGAGAUCUCUAGAUCGCUGGUGGAUUCGAAGAAUCUCUCACGGUCGUUUCGGUUCUUGACGACGGAUCAAGCUCUAAUCUUCUCCCCAAUUCUGCGUUUGUAUCAUCUCAUCCAUCGAGCAUUUCUCUCUGUUUGAUCCUCUGUUUUCAUUUUCUGGAAUCUGUAAAUCUGAAAGUUUUGAGGAGAAACCAUGAAUUCGAACUUCGGGAAGAGAUCGUCCGGAUCGACUAAUAGCUUCGAUUUCGAUUUGGGACUCGGAUCGAGCCAAGGUAGACCUCUGAAUGGCCAGAAGAGCCAAACGUCUUCUUAUUCAAGCUCGAAUUCGCAGCCGAGACCUGCGUGGCAGCCUGGUAAGCCCUCGUGGACGCAUCAACCGGCGCCGAAGCAGACUACGAUCCGAUCCGAGAUUGGAAGUGGACCGACUUCAAUGGUUGGUGAUAUUCACGGUAAAACGUGGGGUUCAGCUUCCGGAUCGGGUUCAGGUAUUGGGAUUGUGAACAAGGAUCCUAGUUUGUUCGGAGAUCUGGUGGGUUCCGCGAUAGGCCAAGGUAAAUCUAACAGAAACGUACCAUUGAAGAAUGCACCGCCUGUUUCGGCUUCAGGUUCGAAUAAGAGUCCUUAUUCUAUGGGGAAUUUGGCUGAUUCGUUGCCCAAAUCGGGUAAUUCAAUGAAAACUGGUGGUGGUAUGGGUUAUGGCAGUAAUCCGAGUGGUUUUCCAGGUGGUUACACGAGCUCCGGUGGUGUUAAUUCCGGUUUUAAUGCUAAUAGCGGUGUUAGACCAAAUCUUGGAGGCCCUUCAAUGAAAAAUAUGUCUGGGGGAAAUCUAAGUGGGUCUGGACUUUCUUUAAAUAGCGAUCCGUUUGGUUCUUUGGUUGGUUUUGGAUCAAAAGCAUCAGGGAGCAAAACAGGAAAGGUUAACAACACUGUACAGAGCGAUGCUUUUGGGAAUUUGCAGGGUUCAUUCCAAUCAGGAGUAUCGAAGCCGAAUGGUAGCGGGUUUUCGGGGUCUACAACUCAAAACAACGACUUUGGGGAUUUCCAGAAUGCUGGGAAAUCAAACACAUUCUCAUCAGGCGGGUUUACGAGUAGCUUCAAUCCUUCAAACGUUGAUUUUGGUGUGCAAUCAAGUGGUCCUCAAUCUUCGAGUGCAAACGAUGAUCCAUUAGGAAUGUUCUCCAGUUCAAAUUCCUCAGCUGCAGCGGCUACACCACAGACUGAAGAUUGGGGAUUUGAAAGUUUUGACGGUGGGGCUGAUUCGGGUGGUGGUUCUACCACCGAGCUCGAUGGUUUGCCACCACCUCCACCGGGUGUAUCAGCUACAUCAGCUAAGAGCAAGGGCAUUGAUAACCAGAGACAAGGUCAGUAUGCUGAUGCCAUAAAGUGGCUCUCGUGGGCUGUGAUUCUUAUGGAUAAAGCUGGCGAUGAAGCUGGGUCAGCCGAGGUUCUUUCAACAAGGGCUUCGUGUUACAAAGAAGUUGGAGAGUAUAAGAAGGCUGUAGCCGACUGCACCAAGGUAAUUGAUCAUGACAAGAAGAAUGUGACCAUUCUGGUUCAACGAGCACUCUUAUACGAGAGCAUGGAGAAAUACAAACUCGGAGCUGAAGACCUAAGAAUGGUUCUAAAGAUAGAUCCUGGGAAUAGAAUCGCUAGAAGCACAGUUCACCGCCUAACCCAAAUGGCUGGUUGAUCCUUCAUAUAUAACGAUACUUUUCAAAGAAAAACAAAAACCCUUGAAAUAUCUAUAAUCCUUGUCAUUACUUUGCUCAAUACCGUCUCGUCCCUCGUCGCUCAUCUAUAGACCACGCGUGUGUGUAUUCGUUUUUUUUUUUGGGGGAGUUUUUAUUGGUUCGUCUAUAAAUGAGUCAUGAAUGUAUUUUUCUGGACAGUGCAUUAUAUGUUGUUGAUUUUCUUCUUACACUACACUUUUUUGAGGUUAUCAUUAUAUGAAAUGUUUGGACAUAAGCUUGUGUUUAUAAAGAGUUUUAAAGUU